AUUUCGCCCACAUACGGCUGGGGCGACUUUUCUGCCCUUUGAGUUGAUCUGGACUUUCUAAGGCACCUGACGUCUCCAAACGUGUUCAGAUGCCUUCCCGUCCCGGUCCCCCAGGUCAUGCGCAGAUGGUUUAAAUACGGCCAGUUCGGAAGACAUCUGCACUGCUUCGGAGACGCACCACGAUAUCCUUCAACGAGCGUCCCGCGCUACCGGGAGCCCCUCCUCUCAAAUACGACUACUGUAUACAAUGGCUCGCCUCUCAGCUCUCGAGCUCUUUCCUGUGCACGGAUCUCGAAGCAGGAUGCGGCGCCAUCUCAAGCAUGGAUCCCCUUCGUUUCUCCCGUGGCCUCAGAAAAACCUACACCCCCAGUGACAAGAGGUGGCGCUACCAAGUCAGCCAAACAUCAAAAGGAGGACCCCGAACACUAUAUAUCCCAGUUGGAGAAGUUUUUACCCAGAGACUUGAGGCUCUCCUUCCAGCAAGAAUCGUGCACCAUUUUCGAUGAGCGGACAGAUUUCGAGGAUGUCCUCCGAAUUGUACAGGAUGCAAAGUCAUUUGCAGGAGUGGACCUUCUGGCAUAUCUGGCUCUCACCAAACAUCGAUACAAAGCUGUCAUUCAUCUCGCAGAUACUUUGUUAAAACCGGCACAGACGCUGGGAGAAGAGUCUACAGACGAGCAGUUACCUUCCAACAUUGUAUGGCCGAGAUCUUCGCUGUCGCAGCUCGUGGAAGAGCCUGUGGAGCUCGAUGCUGAGCCUUAUGUCAAUAGACCUUCUGCGGCCACACUUGUCCAGCCUUCCAAUAACCAGGACACGGAGAGAAGUCACGAGAGGGUUAUGCUGCUUCUCUGGCCAUUUCUGGCGGAGCUUGUCAUUACUUCUGUUCGACGGUCGGCAGCAGAAGCAAAGCAGAUUAUGUAUACAGUACACCAAAUCAUUGCUCGAAUUCAUCACGUCGGUUUGAUCCCCGCAGCUGUAUACACGCAUUCCGUGCCAAAGGCUCCUACGACCAUACAAUACCCACCGAUCUUGAGUCUUUUAAGGUCGAGGAUUCUCUCCACGCUGUCGGACGCGGUUUGGCAGGCACAUCAGGAUGAAGUAAUUGCGCGAGCGAACAGUGAGGGUAUCUCAAGUCAAAAUCCUGUCGCUAGUGAAGUUCUUCCAGGAGGUCGAUUUCGCCUCAAACUCCGUGAACUUGGGCCCGAAGUCUGGAUUGAGUUCAUUCUCUGGUGCUGUGUGGAAGGAGGAUAUCCCUCCGCAGGCGCUCGUAUCAUCGGGGCCUUGCGUAAAGACGUCGACUUUCCUUGGUAUGCAAUACAUUGGACAACAUAUAGACAAGGUACAGAAAGCUUAAUCCCCGCCAUCGACUGGGAGCGAAUUCGGCGCCAGCCUGGAGGUACUCUAGGUGGAUCCGAAGGCUACGGGACAGAAAAGCCAUCUGUUGAGAUACCGUCCAGGACGAUCAGUGUCGAGGUCGUUCUUGCUCUCGUCGACUGUUUGAUCAACACCGUGGACUCGGUAAAUCUACGAACAAUCACAGGUGUCGCAACCAGAAUUAGCGAAGUCCUAGCGUUUCUUGAACCGCGUGGACUGACACCGGCGUAUGUCGACUACCUAGCUGUACGCCUGCUUCAGACUGAGAACUUUCGUCUGAGGUCUAACCCGCAUGCGCUCGAUCAUUGGGUGUCAAUUGUCUCGCGUUUACGCUCCCUGCAGACUGUUAAGGCUCGACCUUUUCGAAAUCCUGGACUUUUGUUUGAAUGUAUUCUGGAGCAUACGGGCCUUCAGGCCGGAUUGUUCCACCAGCUUUUACAGGCUUACGUUGAGGCCAAUCUUGCCACAAAGGGCGUGGACACGCUUACGCAUAUACAAAAGCUAGUCGACGCAAGCAAACUCGAAGCUAUCGGCGAAUUUCUAUCUGGUGCAGUUCGACCGGAAGACGGCUUCUUUACCUCCAGACCUGCAAAACGCCAUACAGAAUAUGUCGACUCUUACGGCCAACUUCCUGAGUACAAACUACCCCUGGUCAUUAGCCUGGUAACGAACGCUAAGUUAUUUGGUUUGAGCGAUUGGCUUCUUCACUCUCCUGACGUUGAUGGACCAUUAAUACCAACGGAAAUACGUGGACGACCUUCUAUUGCCAUUGGUCUAAGCCGCCACGCGAUUGUCAAGGACGAUUUGUUUCUCUUGAGGUCUGUGAUAGAACAAUGCACAGGGUCAAACAGAAAACCAACCGUCAACUUGCUGAGAGCAUUGGUCAAUGCACAAAUACAUUUUCGUGCUUGGGAUGAUGUCUCGUUUCUUCUCAGAAGAUUGCGAGUCUCCGAGGCAGGUGGGUACAGUCCGAGUAUAAUCGCAAACCUUGCAGCCACUAUGUUGCGGCUUGAAGCAGAGUCAGCCAGCCGGAAGAAGGACGUUGCUGUCCAGGACCUUCGACAAGCCGAGUAUCUACUGAUUGACAUUUUGUCUGGACGCUACGAUGCUCCGAAGUCAGACUUUACCAUCCUUCAGAGGAGAUUCUUCAAACAACAAGUGAGCUUCAUACUACGUCUUCUGCAUGCUAUUCCGGACAGCAGGCUCAAGGAGAUUGCUGCUCGUUACCUGGCCAAAUUUCCUGUCAGCAAUAGCCCGAACUUAGAAAGAGACGCUUUCAAUACCAUCCUUUCUGCAGUCGUCGAGACCAAAGGUUCUUUAGAAGGCCAUCGCUUAUGGGACAUCUUCUGUACGCCGUCAAAUCAGUAUACUCUCACCAAUAGGAGUACUCAGUCAGGCGGCUCUCAUAGUCCUGAAGUGAGCGUGCAGGAUACUGCGCCCCAAAGGGUCGACCAGACAUCGUCAGGCCAUCCUCCAACCGACGACUGGUCCGGUGCGCCUCUAUCAACUGCCGGUGGAAUUCUGCGGGAUCGACCUAUUGAGAAUCCUUUCACUGGCUUUAGCGAACCAUCCUUAGACCCACGGGACUACGAACAUCUAUCUCCAUCCAGUCGAGUGGCCGAAGACGACACGACCGCCAUUGCAUUCGAGUCAACAUUGCCGAAUGGGCUUGCUGCGGAUGGCUCACCAGAAAGUCCGAUUGUUGUUCCUGACCUCCACACUCUACAAAUCCUGGUGAACGCAGCGUUGGCAGAAAAGGCGGCCGAAAAUGGACUUUCGAAAGAAAAGCAGACUGAACUGGACAAUCUCCUUGCAUGGGCUGCGAGCGUGGCAAAAGGUUGGGGCUUAGCCUCGAGGGACAUCGAAGCAGAGCUCAACAUUCCAGCUGCAUUCCAUGACCAUUUUUUGUCGCCAUAUAAAAGUCUUAGCAGAAAGAGGCAGAUUUUCAAGGACAAACACAAAGCGCUGGAUGUGUCAACCUACUUUAGCAGCGGGGCAUUGAGACCGAAGCCUCCGACCAUACGAAGGUUAAUAUCUUCUAGAUAACUCGAAGGACGAGGGUUGAACUCUGAGGAUGGCCCCUUUUAUAUUUGAUGUACCGACGUGUCCACUCGUGGAUGGGGCAUGGGGAUUGUAUAUAUAGCAUUGCACAGCUACGGCACUUGAGUGGUCCGUCUACAGCAUAAUGGUAUCGUUGUUCAUAUGUGCAAUCGCACGUUUGAUGGAUGAUCAUAUAAAUUCUUAGUCUAUCCGGG